UCCUUUGUCACCAGAAUGUCAAAAAACGGACUAUCGUCCAGAAUCCAGCAAUUUCUAGACCCCAUGGAGCGGCGAAGAGCAGGCAUGCAGAGCCCCUUUCAGCGCCUGGCUCAGCACAUGGAAGACCUUUGGGGGGAUGGGGGGAUUCUGAAGCAAGUGAUCCAAGCUGGGGAGGGCGCCCCAGUGCCCAGGGAUGCAUCUGUGUCAAUUCAUUUCUCUGGCUAUCUGGAAUAUGCUGACCAGCCGUUUGAGACCACCCGCCACCUGAAGUACCCUCGGAUGUUGAAGCUGGGCAGAGAUGUGACUCUCUGUGGUCUGGAGCUGGGCCUGCUGACGAUGAGGAAAGGGGAAUGCUCGCGUUUCCUCUUCCUGCCCAAAUACGCCUACGGGGAUAUGGGCUGCCCUCCUCUCAUCCCUCCAGCAGCCACCGUGCUCUAUGAGGUCCAGGUCCUCGACUUCCUGGACUCUGGUGAAGUUGACAAUUUCUUCGCCCUGACACCGGAAGAGCAGAACACUGUUCCUCUGUCCACUUUGCUUAAUGUGGUCAACACCAUGCGCUGCUUUGGAAACCGCUGUUUCAACCAGAGCCGCUAUGAGGACGCCAAAGACCGAUACAAGCAGGCUGCGACUAUCCUGAAAAACCGUCAGCUGGUGGAUGAGGAGGAGCGGAAGAGCAUUGCCGGGGUGCAGCUGCCCAUCUUCCUCAACAUGUCCCUGACCCUGCUGCGUCUGGAGAAGCCAGGGAAGGCUCUGCAGUAUGGGAAGAAGGCCCUGCAGAUAGACCCAGACAACACCAAGGCCCUCUUCCGCUGUGGCCAGGCCUAUCUCGAGCUGGACGAUUAUGAGAAGGCUCUAGAUUUUCUUCUGAUGGCGCAGGCCAAGAAACCAUUCAACAGCGACAUUAACAACUUGCUGAAGAAACUUGAGGUCGCUAACAAGAACUUCAUGGAAAGGCAGAGAGAGAUGUGCUCCAAGAUGUUUCCCAGUUUCAGUGAUUCCUCAAAGAAAUGA